CGUGCGUGCCUACCUGAACGUGCCAUUCAGCGACUAUGUAUAGUCUUCUAGCGCAUCUAAAGCGCAGACAUCGAAUUGUUGGCACGUUCCUAACAUUUGUGCCGCAGAAUCCAUCCAUCCAUUUCUCAACCGGUUUGGCUCAGAAAAACUCGCGAGGCCACAAAGUUGACCCGAAUAUUCCAACGGAGGACUUGAAUAAACUUAUAUACAGGGCGAAACAAAGAGGCUUUUUAGAACUUGACAUCCUGAUUGGAACGUGGGCUGAAUGUAAUCUGUCUUCGCGCAGCCAGGGGUUUUGGGCUGAGUUUUCUGAGAUCUUGGAUGAGGAGAACCCUGAACUGUUCAGAUGGCUUACCUGCCAGGAACAGCCUCCGCCACGGAUGACGAGAAACCGAGCUUUUAUUUCCCUCCAUGCAUACACCUCAAGCUUGAUGAGAAGAAAGUGUGACAGAGAGACCAGAGCUUUGAAAGGACAUCACUGGGUUCGUGGUUGGGACGACCCCGUGUGAAAGAUAUGCUGAUUUUUCUUACACUAACACUUGUGUGCCUUCAAAGGUAAUGGGUCGGGGAUGUGAGUUAUGACCAUAUUUGAAACCUUCCAUCGCGGAUAUGGACUCCGAUCCUUGCGUUGGGUCAUGUAAAGUGUGAGGAUGCAGUCGGAGUGGAGACAAUCAACGCGACUGUAUGUGUGCACUUACCACCAAUGGGUGUUGAGAAGGUUGCAAUAGGACGUUACUUUCACAUGUGUGCUAAAGAUCCAAUAAAGGUUGAGUGUCUACUUUAAUGAGCGCUACUGCCUUUGUCAGACAGAAGCUCCAACUUCUAAUCGCGCUGCGCAAUUUUGAAGCUUGUCGUAUGCGCACUCUUGCCCAGGCUCCAGCACAAAGCGUCUUGUCGGCGGGAUUGGAUCUUCAGCAAAAUCUACCAGAAGGUGGAUUCGUCGGCUCAGAGCAUCGUUGGUGACCAUGUGUGGAACGCCGUUGUUGAUCUCGAAAAAAUGUCCUUCAUUUAGUGGGACAUUUACGAACCCUUUUUCACCAUGAUCGACAACGAACUGAACGGCAUCUGUUGAACCUGUUUAUAUUGCCAACAAGCAGAGAAUAAUUAAUUGAAAAAAUGGAUUGGUCGCGGUCUCAAAGUGCUUGCUCGUUCUACCGUCAUUGGUUUUGGGCACCACUACAGGAAUAUGUAUCCUGUGCCCAUUUUUCACCCAACCGCCAUGAUCGGUAUGCUUCAAGAUCUUCGAUUUCGGGUUCAUACAUGCAAAUUGAAGACGCAUUAUGUGCUGCACCGGGUCACUCAGUCCGAAGUGAUCUCUCAACACAGAGAGCAACACUGGCAUGAGCUUUUCUUGAUAUUUGUAAAAAUAAGGAAAUUUGUACACAAACAUUCCAGAAAAAUCGGAGAAAAUAAGAAUGACACUAUCGACCCCUGGUUUAAAUCGAUUCAUGUUUGAUUGCCUUCCACCAAGCUUUGCGUUUCCCUUUUGAUUCUCUGGGCGGCAAAAAAACGGAUCUGUUUGCAGCAUCGCUUUCAGUUCUGCAACAUCGACUGACCCGUGCUGUAUAAAGAUGUCGCCAUCUUUGGUAGCUGUAAACGUUUUUUUUUUUUGCAAAUCAAUCCAUUCCACACCAGAAGGCGAGGUGUGAAAAUUCUGAUGAUUGCGCUUUGGCUUGUUCUUGUCUGAUGAAGUAUUAUAGACUCUAGGCUCGCCUAAAUGUGGUUCCGAGAGCUGCUCGGAGUGUCCUGUUCGGAAGUCGUGAUACCAAGGGCUAGGAUGCUUUUCCUCUUCGUCUAUGACUGCACUGGUUCCAACCUGUUCUGGGGCUGGGGUCCUUGCGAGGAGCACUUGCGGCCAUGAUCGCACAUGCUGAUACGUUGACCACUCUGCAAUAUGAGGUGCUCCGAUGACAUUCAGAAGGCCGCGUGUUUGAAUCCGUGUCUUCCACAAGAUUCGCCUUUUUUAUGUGGAUGUUUGUAAAAUAGUACUCAGCAUAAAUCAUGUGAAAAAAUAAAAG